AUGACAUUUAAAGAUACUGGCAAGGCACCUGUAGAACAGGAAGUAGCAAUUCACCAAAUCAGAAUUACCUUGACAAGUUGUAAUGUGAAAUCCCUGGAGAAAGUCUGUGCAGAUCUGAUCAGAGGUGCAAAAGAAAAAAAAACACUAAAAGUGAAAGGACCUGUCCACAUGCCUACCAAGACUCUCACUACACAGAAAACACCAUGUGGUGAAGGUUCCAAGACUUGGGAUUGUUUCCAGAUGUGUAUUCAUAAGUGUCUUAUCAAUUUGCACAGUCCACCAGAGAUUGUCAAGCAGAUAACUUCUAUCAGUAUUGCGCCUGGUGUAUAA